AUGAAUGAGAAUGGAGAGAGACAGGCAAAUAUGUGUUCAACUAAUGGAUUAGUAAUUGGAGGAACCCUAUUUAAGCAUAAAGAUAUACACAAAAUUACCUGGAAUUCUCCAAACAACAGGGACAAAAAUAAGAUUGACCACAUUAUCAUAAAUGGCAAAUGGAGACGAUCAUUACUCGAUACCCGAGCAUUUAGAGGAGCAGAUAUGAAGAGCGACCAUCAUUUAGUUAUAGUUAAACUCCAACUGAAGCUGAAAAAGGUACCAGACAAUAACAAACCUGGGAGAAAGAUCACCAAUGUCAACCGUCUGAAAGAACCUGAAAUCAAACAAAAGUUUGUCAUUGAACUCAGGAACAGAUUUAGGGUAUUAGAUGAUCUUGAUCAAACUGAAGACAGUUCCAUUGAAAAGAAAUGGGAAAACAUCAAAGAGGUGUAUCAAAAGACAAGUGAAAAGAUCAUUGGCUUCCGUAAGAGCAACAAUAAACAAUGGUUAACAUCAGAUACAUGGAAAGCAAUCAAUGAAAGAGCAAAACUCAAAGAAAAGGUACUCAGCACUAGAUCAUCAAGGUUAAAAGAACAAACACAGAAAGAAUAUGCAGAGAAAGAUGAUGGGGUAAAGAAAAGAGCUAGAAAAGAUAAAAGGAACCAUCUGGAAGAACGGGAUGAAGAAGCAGAGAAAGCUGCUGCAAGAGGUGAUAUAAGUACAGUCUAUAAGAUCACAAAAGAACUAUGUGGACAAUCCAAACAACCACCUCCAGUUAAAGACCAAAAAGGAAACAUCAUUACAGCUGAAAGGGAACAGGCUGCACCUUGGGUAGAACACUUCAAGGCUGUUUUGAAUAGACCAGAGCCAAUAAACGAAUUUCAGGGAGCACCCCAACUUGAAGAUCUAGAUAUAAGCACUGACUCACCAUCUAAAGAAGAAAUAACAAAGGCAAUUAAGUUAUAG